AUGAUGGCCCUGGGUCCGUCAGGUGCCGGGAAGACUUGCUGCAUUACAGCCCUGAUGCGCUCAAUGGGCGAGUUCUGGGAGCCGCAUCGAGAGAUGCGCAUGAAUCCAAAGGCCAUCACAGCUCCGGAGAUGUUUGGCAGGCUGGAUGUGGCCACCAACGACUGGACUGACGGCAUCUUCUCCACCCUCUGGCGUCGCAGUUUGAAGGCAAAGAAGAAUGAGCACGUGUGGCUCAUCCUCGAUGGCCCGGUGGACGCUAUUUGGAUUGAGAACCUAAACUCUGUCCUCGACGACAACAAGACCCUGACCUUGGCCAACGGCGACCGUAUUCCCAUGUCGCCCAACUGUAAGAUUCUCUUCGAAGUGCACAACAUCGACAAUGCUUCACCAGCUACCGUCUCUCGCAACGGCAUGGUCUUCAUGUCCAGUUCUGUCCUUGAUUGGUCACCCAUUUCGAAGGCCCGACUUGCGGCUAGACCAGCGAAUGAGCGCAACAAAUUCUAUGAACUCUUCCAUGAUUCGUUCCCUCAAAGUUACACCUUCGUAUACCAGAAUUUAGUCAUCAAAAUCCCCUACUUGGAGGCCUUCUUCGUUCAUCAGCUCUGUACCCUACUCGAGGGACUCCUCAUGCUCGAAAACCAGGUUGAUGCUUCCAAGUCUGAGACGAUCUUCGAAUACUUUGUAAACACUUCUGGUAACUGGGUUCAUUGGUCCAGCGUCCUCGAUCCCUACAACUAUCCAAAAGAUAGUGACCCUGAAUUCUCCAGUAUUCUGGUGCCCAACGUAGAUAAUAUCAGAACGGACUAUCUCAUAAAAUUGGUUGGUAAACAGGAAAAGGCCGUACUACUGACUGGUGAGCCCGGAACUGCCAAAACAGUAAUGUUGUCCAACUACAUGGCAGUCUUCAGCAAGGAGACGCAUACAAACAAGUCGUUCAACUUCUCUUCCGCCACCACACCGGCUCUCUUCCAGCGCACCAUUGAGAGCUUCGUCGAGAAGAGGGUUGGUACCACCUUCGGCCCACCGGGUGGCAAGAAGAUGAUAUGCUUUGUUGACGACAUCAGCAUGCCGUUAGUCAAUGAGUGGGGAGAUCAAGUGGCCAAUGAGAUUGUUCGGCAGGCCAUGGAGAUGCAUGGCUUCUACAGUCUUGAGAAACCUGGUGAAUUUACUACCAUCGUGGAUGUUCAGGUAAUCAUCUUAGAGUAG